AGCUGUUAAUUAGAGGGAAGCGGGCUGGCAGAUUAGCUCCUGACACACCAGCGAGGGAUAUGUGUCAUUUCUCAACGCUGCUUUCUCCAGUAUUGCUGUUCUAUAGCAACUGUAACAUGAAGGUUGUGUUUGACAAUGCACCCUGCUCAGCUGGUUGGAAGGAGAACAGCCCCUCUAGUGGCCACAAAGAAGACAACGCGCUCAGACAUGAACGCCAUGGAAACCAACAUCAACAAUGAGCUGAAGUUGUCGCCUGAAGCUGAAUGUGAGCAACACAAAAACUCUAGUUAAAAAGACAGCCAUGCAGAUGGAGGCCUCCGAGGCUGCACUUGUUCCACUGUUCCAGGGCAGGCGAGCGUGGAACAUCACUUUUGUGCUGGACAGCUCAGAGAACACGAGAGCUGUCCUGGGGUCAGUGAAACGUCUGCUGAUCCAGACCCUGCUGACUAAAGCUUCUCUCAGAGACUCUCUUUUCAACAUCGUGACAUACUCAAACAAGGUGAACUGCUGGUCCCACCACAUGCUUCCCUGCGCCUCGGACACAGUGUAUGCAGCUCUCUCCUGGAUUCACUCCAUUAGCUGCAGCCCUGGCAGGGAUCUCCUGGCUGCCCUGAGCAUGGCUCUCACUGACCCCGCCUGUCACGCUGUCCAUCUGCUUUGCACAGGCCUACCCGAGCAGCCAGAGGCCUUACUGAGAACACUGCCUGCCCUGGCAGCUGGGAAGCCUGUGAACGGGUUUUACCUGCAGGACUCGGUCAGUUAUUUGGACAGGAACACUCGGGACUUCCUGCAGAGUCUGACCCAGGCCACAGGGGGAAGCUGUUAUCUGAUUGCAGCUGAUAUGAAUGGAGUGUUGCAAAAGGCAAUUCCUCUGCAUGUUGCUGAGAGUCAGUCAUCAGGGCCAGCCGUCUCUCCAGCCAAGCGCUGCUGUGUGUCCGCCUCUGUUGUUACACCACACCCGCAUCACACAUCUUCACCUCUGCUCAGGUGCAGUCUGGGUGAUCUGAUCCGUCCUGUUAGCUCCUGCGCGCUGUCUGGUCAAAACACGGACAGUCCAGAGUUCUUCCCAGGAUGCAGAGUGCUGGCCAGGAGAGAGGUGGACGGCCUUUAUUAUCUGGGCAGUGUCAUACAGCAAGUGCAGGACCGUAGAGGAGUUUGGGUAGUCGAGUUUGACCAGUCAGGAAGUGCCGGUUUAGGGGCUGUCUCCUCCCAACGUCAGCUCGUUUGCUCGCUCGACAUGGUCAGCGACAGCAGAACUCACAGACACUGUGUUGUACCUGGCGACGUUGUCCUGUCGCCAUGGGAACCAGAUGGGAAGAGAUUCGGUCCAGGGCGAGUGGUGGCAGCCGUAGCACGCAGAAAUGGCUUUGGAGAGGAUGCUGUCACAAUCCUCCGGGUGCUGAUGUGGAACAGCUAUGUGACUGUGGUUCCUGACAGCGUGGUUUUGUCCAUUUCAGCUUCUCACCAUGAAAGAAUAGUCAGGGAGCUCCAAAUCCUAGUCCCAACUCCCAGUCAAUACUGCAGCCAGCUUUACUCCUGCAGCCCCUCCUGCACUACCCGGCUGUUCUAUUCCGACUAUUGCCAGUCAUCCCCUACUCUUUGCUGUUGUCCAGUUACAAACCACUGUCCCUGCAUAGUUCCAACCAGAUGUGAGGCCAGUCUUGGAAGAACGAAUGGAUUUAACAUGGCAGAGCAAGAUAAGCAUGUGCGCCUUAGUGACACAGAUGUUGGCAAGAGCGAUCCCGAGGUUCCCUCCUCCUCUUCAUCAUCAUCAUCAUCAUCAUCAGUUCUGGCUACGGUGAAGCUCAGGAGUAAGCAACAGCGUCCUCCCUGGAGGUACUGGAAAAGAACUGGACCGGAACCACAGCACAGACAGCCAGGGAAUGCAGUAGCCAGGAGGACAUCACAACCUCUAAGGUUCAGCUUUCCUGUCCCACAGAUCAGCGCUUCACCAAACCACAGCUCCCUGUUUCAGUCACUUCCUGAUAGUAGAGGAAGAAGAGCAAACAUCCGAGACGGUUUCGGAACGACCAACUUUAAACCUCGACCACCUCCAGGGCUGCGGUCUCUCUCGGGCAACAAUGUCACAACAGUUUACACAUAAUGCUGUAUGUCAGUGCACAUACCGUACGACAUGACCACAUAUGAAUAAGAUGUUGAUAAAGCAAACAAUUGAUAAAAAAAUCUUUAUUUUAAAUACA